GGGGACUUGGUGUGUGAGAGAAGAUGGAUGGUUCCUUUAACCACAUCUAUACAGAUGGCUGGACUUCUAGUGGGCGGCUUGUUGUCAGGGCAUAUGUCGGAUCUGUUUGGCCGAAAGAAAACCUUAUACUUCUUCACGGCUACCACAGCCGUGUUUUGUUUUUUUGGCUGCCUUCUCCACUUUGUCUUACCAUCCAGUCGGGGAGUUGUUACAGUAUUACCCAGCUUGAACGUUGGUGUCUGCUUGAUGGCUUUGGCAGCCUGGAGAUUGCAGGACUGGUGGAUGCUGUAUUUGAUAUGUGGUGUUAUGAUGACUCCACUUCUGCUGCCUUAUUUCUUUCUACCCGAAAGUCUGCGAUGGCUGACUGUCAAAGGUCGAGUAGAUGAGGCACAACGGGUCGUGGAGUGGAUAGCACGUUGGAACAAACAGGAAGUACCCAAGGACAGCUUAGACGUUAUUAAAGCUGUAGCCGAUGCUGUAGGCAACACAGACAAAACUAUUAAACAUACGUACAUCCACAUAUACAAGGGCUGGCAUUUGUGCAAGUCUUCAGUGAUCUUACAAUUUUUGUGGUUUACUUUAUCUCUGUGCGGAUAUGGUUUCUCAUUUGGCGUCUCGUCGUUUGGAACCAAUGUUAACUUGAAUAUUUUCCUACUGCAGGUCCUAGUAUUUUGGACAGCUAUCGUGUUUAUGAUUCUAGCUAGUGCAUGUGGCUUUGGGUCAAUGGCAGUCAAUUUAACUUCAGUGUCCAGCUGGAAAUGGAAAGCCACAGCAGAGAUUAUGUUAAAUCUCUUUAGUCGAGGAAUGUUAACGGCUGCCUGGGGAACUAUCGUCAUCGUCACAAAUGAAACGUACCCAACAGUUAUCAGGGGCCUAGGUUUUGGAGCUUCUAAUGUCAGUGCAAGAGUGGGAGCCAUAGUAUCUCCCUUUCUACUGAAUUUUGAAGAAGGCCCGACACUCGCCUUAGCCAUCGUUGGAGGCUCGCUGCUUCUAGCAGCUUUAGCAGUCUGCUUCCUGCAUGAGACAUCAGGGAAAGCUUUGGCAGAAUCCAUUCUGGCUGCUGGAAAAACCACAGACAAACAGUUAGAGACUGCGACUCUCCAGAACAGCACGUUUUCGACUGAAAAUGCAGCAGAAACUAAUAAUGUUCUUGGUGACAGUGGAGUCCAUUUCAAAACCGAUAGUACUAGAAUGUAG